AUGCUCGGUCAGAGAUUCCGUUUUGAGAGAGUAGAGGCUGAGCGCAAGGCCAAUGGCGAAGAGUUUGCAUGGCCUGAACCUACUUCCUCUAGGAGAUCAGCUCCCCAGAUGCCCAACAGCGAGUCUGAACGGAAGGGGCAAGAAGAAACAGAGAAAAUGAUGAGCGAGCCUCUAGAACACGAUUUAGCGACAUUCCGUGAGCCGUCAUCCCCGCCGACGACGGUCUAUACCGGCAACUGGAAACGCGAACAGGAAUAUGAAGACCUCCAGAGGGAACUCCGAGAGGCCACCAAGCGCGACCUCAACAUACACCCAUACAAGCACAAACCCCUGUCAAACUCACAGGACUUUCUCAGUGAGCCUGGCGCUGCCCGACAGCAACUGGCAUGUGACGAUACCGAACCCUACAAUCCACCCGAGGCCGGUAAUUCGGAAUUCCUGGCUGAUCUUCCCCCCCACACGGUCGUGGACGGCUUCGGCGAGCUGGGGGUGUACAUGUCCCAGGCGAGCUACGUGAUAUCACUCGGUGGCUCCGCUCUGCCGGACCUCAAAUACGGCAUCAUCAUCGUCCCUGCUGGCGACGAAUCGCUUCUGUUUACGGGCUAUGGCGACCAUGCAGAUAUGCCUGCAGACUUCCGAGCCGAAAUAUAUGCCAAGAGCAGAGAAGUGAGGAAGCAAGUGUUUGACGAAGAGAUAAAAAUGUGUGGGAGCUACGUGCCUCGCACAACUCGCCGGGGUGGCCACAUGUUUAGACUGCCUCCGAUGGAAGAGCCGGAGAAGCUGUUUUAUGCGCAGAGGGUUCGAGAGAGCCGGGCUAAACAUCGGGAGCUACAUGGAACCAGGCGGUCGAGCGAUGUCGGAUCGCAGCUGUCUGACGGAGCCGAGGCCGAGGCUGGAGCUGUAUCAUUUUCUGAUCAGUACCCUGUUCGGUCCCCUGGUUCCAACAGCUCACAAAUGUACAUCCAUGGCGACUCUAUUGCGUUGCCUCCGAUCGCAGGGGUUGUUGAUGGUCUGCGGCGGUUGUUUGCACAACAACUGCAGCAACAAGAGAAACCUGGGGGUGGGCCAGGGCACGAACUGUACCAUCCCGACAAGUUGAAUGAGCUCGCGCAGUUUCUUUGGAAGCUUGCCGACGGAAAUGUGCUGGAGAACCCCGGGCUGGACAAAGAGGUGUGGAAGAGGUUACAUGAAGUGGGAGCCUCCGCUUCCGUGGCAGCAGAGGAGGAUAUUCCCGCAGAUCAUGGUAUGGACAAUAAUGACACAACCAAGUCGGUUGAAGAGCAGAGCACUGAAAUAUGA